GCGGCGUCGUGCGAGCACGCUGGUAGCAACUCGUCGCUCACUGACGUUCCGGAGGACGAGCCACUGCUCGAAACAAGUGGCAGCACGACGACGCUCACCGACACGCCGGCCGAUGGCCCCGCCAAGCCGCUCUUCUACAUCGACGGCGCCGAGGGCGAGGCGGCGGCGGCGGUGACCUCUGACCUCGCACUAUCGCCCGUGCACGAGCGGCUGGAUCGCUACACGGCCGAUCUCUCCGAGACGGCGCUUCUCGGUGAUCGCUCAGAUUCUGACGUCUCCCAAAAAGUGGCGCCGCUCGUCGCCCGCGCAGACUCGGACGCGAGCCGCCCGGGGGCGCCGCUGAGCGAGCGCUCGGACUCGGACGGCUCGAUGAGCAGCUGUGUGUCGUCGCAUCGUGCCGCGCGCCGCACGGACAGCACGAUCCUGCUGCAGAUCCAGUGCGACAGCGAGAAAGCGCUACACGACUACGAGUCGGCCGUCGAGCACAAGCGCAAGCACUUCCAUGCGGAGCGGCAGCAGAGCAUCGUCGAUCCGGCAUCGUACACGAUCCCCCCGCCCCCCGCGAGUGACGGGAGCACGGACGACGGCGCACAGAGCUUCAGUCGGUCGAUUUCCGCCAACAGCAAUUCGAAGAGCAGCAGUAAUAUCAGCCACAGUCAGAGCUAUUACAGCUCGGAUCUGCCACCAGAGGUCACUUCCUAUUACAUCACUGAUGGUACAGAUGGCAGAUCGGUAGAAGAUAUGAAUAAAGCCAUGUCCAGCUCCCUAUCGGAGACACGUGUGUUAGAGUACUCACCAAGCAGUGAGAAACUGUCGUCGUCGCUGCCCGAGAGCGAGAGCCAGCGGGCAGCUAGGAUGCCGACGGCGCGGGCGAGGAUGCAUGCGCAGCAGCAGCCGCAGCAGCAGCAACAACAGCAGCAGCAGGACAACGCACCGCGGUUCUUCAUCGGCGAUCGCACGCAGUCGCAGUCGGAGGCGUCCGAGAGUUCGGACCUGGACGACGAAGGUGACUGCGAUGAGACGAUCAAUGAGACGUUGCCCAAGGUCGUAACAGUGGGCAUCUGCGCCAUGAGAAAGAAAUCAAACUCCAAGCCGAUGAAAGAGAUUCUGGAGAGAUUGGAGAACUGGAAGUACAUACAGACACUGAUAUUUGAUGAGGAUCAAAUCCUGCAGGAGCCAGUGGAGAAAUGGCCAGUGUGCGAAUGCCUCAUAUCUUUCCACUCCCAAGACUUCCCGCUGAGAAAGGCACAGGAGUAUGCAGAGCUGAGAAUGCCCUUCCUAAUCAAUGACAUUAGAGCACAAUUCACCCUGCAGGAUAGGCGAAUAGUUUAUAAGACGCUGGCAAGUCAAGGGAUUGAGUUACCUAGGUACGCGGUAUUGGACCGAGACUCUGACAAUCCUCAUGAAUGCACACUCGUGGAGGGAGAUGACCAUAUAGAAGUCAAUGGCGUCAUAUUCAACAAACCGUUUGUAGAGAAGCCAGUCAAUGCAGAAGACCACAACAUCUACAUAUACUAUCCUACAUCGGCUGGUGGUGGCAGCCAGCGUUUAUUUAGAAAAGUUGGCAGUCGCAGCAGCGUCUACUCACCUGAGAUCAAGGUUCGGAAAACGGGCUCUUAUAUUUACGAAGAUUUCAUGCCAACAGAUGGCACGGAUGUCAAGGUGUAUACGGUGGGUCCGGAGUAUGCACACGCCGAGGCGAGGAAGUCUCCUGCCCUGGAUGGCAAGGUGGAGCGAGACAGCGAGGGUAAAGAGGUCAGGUAUCCCGUUAUCCUCGGCAACGAGGAGAAAUUCAUCGCCAGGAAGGUCUGCUUGGCAUUCAAGCAAAUGGUGUGCGGCUUCGACCUGCUGCGUGCCGACGGCAAGGCGUACGUGUGCGACGUGAACGGCUUCAGCUUCGUGAAGAACUCGGUGAAGUACUACGAUGACUGCGCGUACCUGCUGGGCAACGUGAUCCUGCGCAAGCUCGCACCACAGCUCGACAUCCCGUGGAAGAUACCGCACCAGCUCGAGGACCCGCCCUUCGUGCCGACGACCUUUGGACGCAUGAUGGAGCUGCGGUGCGUGAUUGCCGUUAUUCGCCAUGGCGACCGUACGCCGAAGCAGAAGAUGAAGAUGGAGGUGAAGCAUGGCAAGUUUUUCCACAUCUUCCAGAAGUACGGCGGCUUCAAGAACGGGCAGCUGAAGCUGAAGAAGCCAAAGCAGCUACAGGAAAUACUGGACGUGGCUCGAUAUCUGCUUGACGAGAUCAGACACAAGAGUGAACCAGACAUUGAGGAAAAGAAGUCCAACCUGGAGCAAUUGAAGGCUGUUCUUGAAAUGUACGGUCAUUUCUCCGGCAUCAAUCGCAAGGUGCAGCUGAAGUACCUUCCCACGGGCCGGCCGCGCAAGGACAAGCAGUCGAGCUCCGAAGACGAUCAGUCCGGCAGCCCCUCGCUGAUCCUCAUCUUAAAGUGGGGCGGCGAAUUGACGCCUGCAGGCAGGAUACAGGCUGAGGAGCUGGGCAAGGCCUUCAGGUUUGUGUACCCAGGCGGUCAGGCCGAUAAUCCAGGCUGUGGGUUACUGAGGCUGCACAGCACAUACCGACAUGAUCUCAAGAUUUACGCCUCUGACGAAGGCAGGGUACAGAUGACGGCUGCAGCCUUUGCCAAGGGCUUCCUGGCUUUGGAAGGAGAACUCACACCUAUUCUCGUUCAGAUGGUUAAAAGUGCCAACACAAAUGGUCUCCUUGACAACGACUGUGAGUCAUCCAAGUACCAGAACAUGCGGAUGAGGCGGUCGCGGUCUAGAGCUCGGUUGUGGGACAUAGAUGACAAUGCGUGCAAGGGCUUGUACAUACUCAUUAAAGGAUACGUUUCAGACGUGGAGCUCUACCACGAGGAAACGUGGGAGCUGAUGCUACGACGCUGGUCCAAACUAGAGAAGGACUUCAAGACGAAGACUGGCCUGUUCGACAUCAGUAAGAUCCCGGACAUCUACGACUGCAUCAAGUACGACAUGCAGCACAACCAGAUGCACCUGCAUUUCGAUGACACGGAGGAGCUGUACCUGUGCUCUAAGUCACUCGCAGACAUCAUCAUCCCGCAGGAGUACGGGAUCACCGUCGAAGACAAGCUGACCAUCUCGCAGGGAAUCUGUCUCGCGUUGCUGCGUAAGAUUCGCAGCGACAUUCUCAACGUAAUUACUCCUGACGAGAGCACUCACAGGCUGAACCCCAAGUACUCUAAGGGCGUGAUGUCGCCGGGCCGCAACGUGCGCACGCGGCUUUACUUCACCAGCGAGAGCCACAUUCACUCACUGCUCAACGUGCUGCGCUACGGAAGCCUUGUGAGCAACCCGGAGGAUGAGCAGUGGCAGCGGGCGAUGGAGUACGUCAGCUCGGUGUCCGAGCUCAACUACCUGACUCAGAUUGUGAUCAUGCUGUAUGAGGACCCGUCCAAGGAUCCGCAGUCCGAACACCGUUUUCACGUUGAGCUGCAUUUCUCCCCUGGCGCCAUCUGUUGUCUGCCGGAGCAUUGCAGCGGCCCUGGAUUCAGACCUCACUCUCGCAACGAAAACCAAGAGGAGGGAGUCAGCCCCCCAGUUGACAAGGUUAAUUUCUCACCCCUCGCAGAGGAGGAGCGAUUCUUUCAGCCUGUGUCUGAGGACGAGACUCUGGACACAAAGGAGGUGGUCAGCCCAGCGACCUCGGUGAAAGAAGACGGGAAGUCUUCCCCGAUCACCAUCCAGAGAAGGAAGGCAGCGGUGAUGCAGGCCAGUAACUCAAUGGCUGCAAGUCGUUCUGACCCACUUUUCAACACAGACGAGGGCUUGGGUGUCGAUGGAGGCUACGAUGCGGAAGCGGACAACGCGGUCUCACCCAUCAUCACGGUGCUGAAGAAGCUGUCACGACCACACUCGCUCGACGAAAAGAAAGGUAUCGGCAGACCGACGCGACACUCUGUUCACACGGUGCCGACGAUGACCGAUGUCAAGGACACGAGCAGAGCGACCCGUCCAGUCAGUCUGUUCAGUACGAUAGGUGAUCAGUGGGUCGUGUCGAGCGCGCCCGACGAUCUUCUUGUGCUGGAGAGAGAACCUGAUGGGAGUGCAUUCCAAUGA